CAGCAUAUUUUACUUGACGACGAGAGAGGAGAGGUAGUUCAACCCGCUAGCGCUUGUUCAAGGCAGCGCCCCAUCUCAUAAAAAUCUCAACUUGUCCAGCUAUACAUACAUAAUUUCGAUUAAAUCCCAAUUUGAAAAUCAUUUCUAGGGUUUUAGUUGAAUUCCGACGAGUAAACAUACAUAAACAAUUUUGUAUAUACAUUUCUCAUAUUUAUUGAUGAAGCCCAUAAGGCUUCCCGAGCCGCCGGGGAGUCCGCCAUCUAUUGGCGGAGUACCUGAUAUAUUUGAGGGCGGGGUUUAUGGCGUCAUCCGGCGAGCCGUCAUCAUUGGUAAUGGCUUCCCGGCUUCAGAAAACCAGAGCAUCGGCUUGGUACGCGCCCUAGGUCUGUCGGAAAAGCAAACUCUUUAUCGAGUUACAAGGCCAAGAGGAGGAAUCAAUGAAUGGCUACACUGGCUUCCUGUUUCCGUCCACAAAAAAAUUUAUUACAUUAUUAGCCAGAUAUAUAGUUAUUCCCGAUUUCUGAUAGCUAGAAGAGGAAAGAGUCUGGUGCAUUUUCCUGUGGAGAAUGGUCAUUCUGCAGGCCUGUCAUCUGUAUUGGAAGCUGAUCUUAGAAAUAUUGUAAGGAUGGCUAAAGAAACUUCUGAGAAGGAUGGUCCAUUACUGGUGGUUGCAUCUGGAAGAGAUACUAUUUCAAUUGCAAGCUCUAUAAAAAGAUUAGCAUCUGAAAAUGUAUUCGUCGUACAGAUUCAGCAUCCAAGGUCCCAUUUGGAUAGGUUUGAUAUGGUGAUUGCCCCAAAGCAUGAUUACUACCCUUUGACACCUCAUGCACAGGAGCAGGUUCCUCGGUUUCUCAGGAGAUACAUAACACCUCGUGAACCUCCUGAUGAACAUGUUGUUCUCACUGUAGGAGCUCUUCAUCAAGUAGAUUCUGCUUCCCUUCGUAGUGCAGCUAAUGCAUGGCAUGAUGAGUUUGCACCCUUACCAAAACCAUUACUUGUAGUCAACAUCGGAGGGCCUACAAGGUACUGCAAAUAUAGCAUGGACCUUGCGAAGCAAUUGACAACCUCACUCCAUAAUGUACUCGCAAGCUGUGGAAGCGUGAGGAUAUCUUUCUCAAGAAGGACACCUGAAAAGGUCUCCAACAUUAUAGUGAAAGAACUUGGAACUCAUCCGAAAAUAUACAUAUGGGAUGGUGAAGAACCUAAUCCACACAUGGGACAUCUGGCUUGGGCUGAUGCUUUUAUAGUUACUGCAGAUUCAGUUAGCAUGUUGAGUGAAGUUUGCAGCACUGGGAAACCUGUUUAUGUGAUUGGAGCUGAACGCUGUUCAUGGAAGUUCGUGGAGUUCCAUAAGAAGCUGAGAGAAAGAGGCCUGGUUCGACCAUUUACAGGUCUUGAGGAUAUGUCAGAAAGCUGGAGUUAUCCCCCCUUGAAUGACACUGCAGAGGCAGCAAGCCGAGUGCAUAAAGCAAUUGCUGAGCGUGGAUGGAGAUUACGGCCAUAGGGACCUGUUAUUUCAUACUGUUCUCAUCACCUUAUCCUUAUCAUGAGCGAAUCAGCAAUUUUAUUUGGUCCGUGUAUUCCUAGUUUUAUAUACAUAUAUAGACAUUUUCGAUUUUUGGCCCUCCCUGGGAUUGCAUAGGUGUAAAAUAAUAAUUGGCUUCAUUAAUGCGGCCUGUAAAGUAUAAACAGUUGAGUGGUUCCUUGAAAAAAACUAUACUCUUUUGUGAGAUAAAAUUUUGUUCGAGUGUUUUUCCUGGAAUUGACUUGAUGAUGUGAAAUGUAAUCUUUCAUUGGACUGGAAUGGCUAUUGCAUUACAGAAUGAAGUUGUCUCUCUAAAAAUG